AUUGGACGAUCGGUCACUCUAUCGACCACUCCGUCGGCCAUUAUUAGGGACACAAUCUCUGCGAGCCAAGUGCUGCCUGACUUCGGACCGACAGACAUAUGGAUCUGCGGUUACCCGAAAUCAGGCAACACUUGGCUCUCAGAGAUUGUGUCCCUAAUAAUGGCCGACGGAGUGGUCGAUAGAGUGCGCGAUCGGCCCAUAUCUGAAAGAGUGCCCAACAUUUUCAAUACACUGACUCAUAAUCCCAAUUAUGGUUGGUUUGAAGGGUUAACUGAUCCCAGAAUUACUGACAACCAUUUGGAACUCAAAUAUUUACCACGUUUUGAAGGGAAAGAGGGAAAGAUGAUAUACAUAAUGCGUAACCCAAAGGACGUUUGUGUCUCGUAUUAUCACUUUCACGAUAUGAUGGGAAUCCCGGCCAUAGAUUGGGAUGACUUCUGCCAACUCUUUCUCGACGGACACCUAAUAAACGGCGAUUGGUUGUCACACGUGACCGACUUCUGGCUCGCGUACGGCACUGGGAAUCACCCGAACGUACUGUUCAUAGCGUACGAG